AUACAGGGGAUCGUCCAAGUUAAAUGCAAGGGGGGUAGGGUCUGGACUCUGCACAGAAUACAUAAAGCAAGCCAUCUUCCUACCGUCUCCCUUCAGAUUUAUUUCCGAGGUCCUAUAUGAUUUGCAAGACUUCCAGUCGCGCUUUGCCUGAUCUUUACGAGGCUUCGAUCGCAGAACUCCAAGAUGGCCUAGUAGAAGGAUACUUCAGUAGUGUUCAGCUUGUGGAGGCCUACCUGCGUAGAAUUGUGGAAGUUAAUUUGGAAGGCCCUGCAUUACAUGCAAUCAUCGAGACCAAUCUGAAAGCCUUAUCACAAGCUGCGGCCCUUGACGAUGAACGGAAAGUCAAAGGUAGCCGUGGGCCUUUGCAUGGGAUACCUUUGUUAUUGAAAGAUAACAUUGCUACGCUGCACGAAGAAGGAAUGAAUACGACUGCAGGUUCCAACGCGCUGCUGGAUUCUGUUGUUCCGCGAGAUUCGUUUGUUGCGGCGAAAUUACGUGAAGCUGGAGCUGUAUUCAUAGGCAAAGCAAACCUCUCCGAUUGGGCUGGUAUGAGGGGACAAGUUCCCUAUGGAUUCUCGGGGCGUGGAGGGCAAACACUUUGUCCUUACUACCCGAAUGCUGACCCACACGGUUCAAGCUCCGGAAGUGGCGUUGCAAUCGCUAUUGGUCUAGCAGCCGGGUCUCUUGGUACAGAAACUAAUGGUUCUAUUGUUUACCCGAGUAGCAGGAAUAAUGUUGUGGGUAUCAAGCCAACUGUCGGGCUGGUAUCUCGUUCAGGUGUGAUACCCAUCUCCUCCCAUCAAGAUACUGCUGGCCCAAUGUGUCGGUCUGUCGCUGAUGCAACCCUGCUAUUAAACUCCAUUGCUGGGCCAGAUCCUCGAGACGAAGCUACUUUGCAUCAGCCCGGAGUAAUCCCAAACUACAUGAAAGCGCUCGACAAAAAUGCCCUUAAAGGCGCUCGUCUUGGAGUACCUCGUGCCUUCAUCCGCAAUGUCAACACAAUUGAAGCGACGUUCAACUCCUCUCUUGACAUUUUCCGAGCUUUGGGCGCGGAAAUCGUCGACCAUGCAGACUUUCCAGCCACAGAAGAACUAUUAACAUCGAAAGCGGAGCAGUUGGUCUUAGCCGUGGAUUUCAAGAUUGACGUCAACAAGUACAUAUCAGAGUUGGUCGAAGUCCCGACAGGCGUGAAGGCGCUCGCUGAUCUGAUAGAAUUUAACAAGACCCAUGCGGAUCAAGAACUGCCAGCGCCGUUUUACACAGAUCAAUCCCAAUUCAUCAAAUCGGAAGCUGCACAGGUUGAUGACGCCUACUUUGCGGCGCUGGCGAAGGACUUCGACUUGGGGCGCACGAGAGGAAUUGACGCUACCCUGGCCCAGUUCAAUCUCGAUGCCAUAAUUCUACCAACCGAUGCCCUAGCGCCCCUACCCGCAGCAAUUGCAGGGUAUCCAUUGAUUUCAGGUUAGUACUUUCCACGGCAAUCUUAGCGUCCCUUACGCUUUUCAACAUUCAGUACCCCUCGGCUUUCAGGCAGAUGAUGUCGAAGUGCUUCCUGAGACGCCAUCACCACUUCACAGUCAAGCCCCGGGACUUCCUUUUGGAAUAUCUUUUAUGGGCACCGCGUAUAGCGAGUUUAAGCUCAUCGGCUACGCGUAUGCGUUUGAGCAGGCUACCCAGGUGAGGCUUAAGAGAAGGGUAUAUGAGGAUGCGAUUCCUAGGACGCAGUUAACUGAUAUCGUGUCUCGGUGAAGGUGGUUUAUGAAUUAC